UAACAAUUGACGCGUGGAGUGAAACGUCAGUUUACGUCAGCCACGUACGAAUUCUGUCAUCGGUAAAUAGCCUUUCUCGAGCCGAUCGCGAAUUAAUUUUCUUAGGUACUUUUUAUUAAUACUCCGUAAUUUAGUAGACAGAAUGGCUGCUAAAUUAUUGUCGUUGGUGUUGAUCAUAGCGGCUGCUGUGACUGCUGAUGAUGAACCAACGAUUGCGAGGCUACUGGUGUCCAAACAAGUUCUGAACAAAUACUUAGUAGAAAACAUGGAUAUAUUAGUGAAAUAUACUCUGUACAAUGUUGGAACAGCUCCCGCGGUAGAUGUAAAGCUUGUGGACAAUGGUUUCCACCCUGAAGUGUUCACAAUAGUCGGUGGCCAGCUGUCAGCGCAUAUUGACAGGAUCCCUCCACAGACCAAUGUCUCCCAUGUGGUCACUGUUAGAUCAAACAGAUACGGUUACUUCAACUUCACGGCGGCUGAAGUCACAUACAAAUCCAGUGAAGAUGCAGAGGUGACAUACUCAAUCAGCAGUGCGCCGGGCGAGGGCGCUAUUGUCGCAUUCAAGGACUACGACCGCAAGUUCUCCUCUCACUUCCUCGACUGGGCCGCGUUUGCAGUCAUGACCCUCCCCUCUCUCGCCAUCCCCUUCUUCCUCUGGUACUCCUCGAAGAGCAAGUACGAAAAACUAUCUAAGCCUAAGAAAAACCAUUAGUUAGUCCAUAGUUAGUAGGUUAUUGCUAAUGUUGUACUGAUGAAUUGUUACUUGAAAUCUAUAGUUAAUUGAAAGUACAUGACAUGGAAAACAGAGUGAGCUAGGUAGAUACAAAAGUGAUAUCAGUGUAAUCUGAAAAAUAAUUAUUUUUUCUAUGAUUUCUUGUUUAAAAACGAAUUAUUAGUAAUAUAAUAAUAUAAAUGUAACAAUCACUGUGGUUCCAGCAUAGUAAUUAUUAUUUUGUCUCCAUAUAAGGUAGUAAGACUACUUUCAAAGGAAUACAGCAUUUUCUAUAAUUCUAUUAAAUUUUUUUAAUGUGUUUGCUGAUUAUUUCCUUUCAACGAAUCUGUAGGCUUUGGAAAAUAUUAAUAAUAAAAAAAUGUAUGUUGUUACUAUAACAUUAGCAGUGAUCAAACCUAUCUCAUAAGUUAUCUGUUCAUUUCAUUUUGUUGAUAGUAAUUUAUAUGAACAAUAAAAGUUUUUAAAGA